CGGGCAUGCGCAGUAAUGCUGAAUCUGUAGGCCCGAGCGCCGCUUCUAGUUUGGGGAGAGACGCCGGGCGGAAGGUACACGCUGUCGGGGCUGAGCCGACGCGGGCGAUCGUUUGCCCGCGGCCAUGGAUUUGGAGGAUGAUUUUUACCCGGACGGAGACGAUGAUGGUGGAGCAACGCCGGUACAGGAUGAACAUAAUUCAGACUCAGAUGAUCAGGAAGACUUGACUGAACAUCGUGCUGCAUCUGAAGCCAGCAGUGUGGAUCAUCACUCUGAGGAUGAAAGCCAUAAAGAAGAUCAGAGUGACGCGGAAGACGUUGACCGCCUCAGCCGGCCACAAAGCAGGGAGGACAACCAUGUUAGCAGUGAUUCAGAGGGAGAAGAACCCAAGAAAGCUCACAGCAUUGAGCAAUCAGAUGAUGAAGCAGGUAGUGAUAAGGAGAAUCACUCCAUAAACGAAGACAGUGGUGGAGAGUUAGAAGGGAGCCACGAAAGAAUGAAUGACACGGACAGUGAAAAGGAUGUGAGAGUAUCACCGGAGCAUAAUGAGAGCCGAGGAGUCAGUGAUGAUGAUGGCCCUGCGCCUCACAGGGCAUCUAACAGCGAUGAUGAGCAGGAUGAGGAAGAAGCGGAGGAAACUGUGAAGAGGAAGAAACCAGUUCUGUCUGAUAGUGAAGAUGAAAAAGAAGAACAGAAUAAAUCAGCUAAGAAAAGUCGCUUGAUGUCAGACAGUGAGGACUCAGACAGUGACUUUUCUCCCACUAAGAAAAAGCUCGGUGUUUCGGGUGGGGAGGAAUCGGACAGCGAUGCUAGUGAUUUAAAGAGAAAACGAGCUACCUCGGGUGGCGAAGAUUCAGACAAUGAACCUGACGUUGCUAUAGCAAAGCGCAUUGUUUCAGACGAUGAAUCGGACGAUGAUGCCGAUGUGUCGAGAACCAAACGAGUAGUCUCUGAUGUUGAUGACUCAGACAGUGACUCCAACACCCGUGCAAAAAAGCAGAUUGUUUCUGAUGCUGAGGAUUCUGAUAAUAACACAAAUAUUAGGAAAAAUCAGACCUUCUCCAAUGAUGACGAUUCAGAGAGCGACACUAUACUUAAGAAAAAACGUGUUGUAUCAGAGGAUGAGGACUCCAACUCGGGCAGUGAUGCCCCUGCUAAGAAAAAGCAUAUUCUUUCUGCUGGCGAAGAUUCUGACAGUGAUGCAGAACCAGAAAAACGAGAAUCUAAUGGCGUUUUAACUGACAGUGAGGAAGAUGAGGAGAAUAAGGAACCCUCUCAAAAAGCUGAAUCUGGUCUCUUUGGCAGUGACAGCGACUCUGAGGAUGAGACUGGUGUUGGAAACUUGAUAGCUGACAUUUUUGGUGAAUCGGAUGAUGAAGGGGAAGAGUUUACAGGCUUUAACCAAGAGGACCUUGAUGGUGAAAAGGCUGCUCUUGAGACAGAGAGAAAGAAAAUGGUUGCUGAAGAGUCUGACUCUGACAAUGAAGUUCGAGGGAAAGGACGAGACUCUGAUUUUGUGUCUGAUUUUGAGAUGAUGCUGCAGAAGAAGAAAGAUCAAAAUCGGAAGCGACGGCGAAAUCGGGAUGGCGGCACUUUCAUUAGUGAUGCAGAUGAUGUAGUUAGCGCCAUGAUCACCAAAAUGAAUGAAGCUGCAGAGGAAGACAGACAGCUCAAUGGACAGAAGAAGCCCGCCUUGAAGAAGCUUACGCUUCUCCCCACCGUUGUGAUGCAUUUGAAAAAACAGGAUUUAAAGGAAACAUUUAUUGACAGUGGAGUCAUGUCUGCUAUCAAGGAAUGGCUCACUCCAUUACCUGACAAGAGUCUGCCACAUCUGAAGAUUCGUGAGGAACUGCUGAAGAUUCUGCAGGAGUUGCCCAGUGUGAGUCAGGAGACUCUGAAGCAUAGUGGGAUUGGACGUUGUGUGAUGUACUUGUAUAAACAUCCAAAAGAGAACCGGAGCAACAAGGAACUGGCUGGAAAGCUUAUCAAUGAGUGGUCAAGACCAAUCUUUGGCCUGACAUCAAAUUACAAAGGUAUGACCCGGGAGGAACGAGAGCAAAGAGACCUUGACCAGAUGCCAAUGCGGCGGCGCCUGAGCAGAGACCCUAGGGAUGAAGACAGCGAUGAUAAUGCAGCUGAUGUCGUCUCUUCAGAUCAAGGACGCGACUACAGUUCUGGUGGGCAGACUCCUCGCAGAGACCUGGAGAAGGUGUUAACAGGAGAGGAAAAAGCACUAAGGCCUGGUGACCCAGGAUUCUGUGCACGAGCCAGAGUGCCAUUACCAUCAAACCGUGAUUAUGUUGUUAGACCAAAGUGGAAUGUAGAGAUUGAAGCAAGCAGGGGAUCAGUUAAGAAGACAUUGAAUCGUCUUGACAAACAAAUGCGUCGAUUUCAAGAUAUCAAGAAAAUGACCAAGUCGUCGAGGGCAGUAAAGAUCAGCAUUGAAGGCAAUCGCAUGCCACUGUGAUCAUUAUUUAUCAAUAACUCUACUUGGAGCUGGUGAAUGUAGUGCAACCAUGUACAUACAAGAUUGUGUACUUCUAUCCAUCCGGCUCAGUGGAAUCAAUAUACCUCCUCUGUUUUCUUCUGUAUUCAGGCAUUUUUGACAGUGGUUUGUUGGAAGUCUUGGAAUGUUGAACUACAGCUAGCUGUAGCAUCCGAGCCCUGGAUAACAUUACCUGUCCUGACUACAGUACAUUUGGUGAGCCCUCUCUACACAUCAGAUGAGUUUUACUUAUCUGCACACUGCAUGUAUAGAGGUUGGAUAGACAUUUUAUUUCUAAGCAAACUGGUGUCCAGUGUUGGAGGAAGAUGGCCAUCUGGCAUGGAACCAAGUUGCUGCCCAAUUAAGUGGAGUAGGUUGGGGGAGGCGCAGAAGAAAAUGACUUGCAUUAAAUAUAGACAUGUGCUCUGUUUGGUUGUAUUGUUUGAAAUGUCUCUGGUCUCUACCUGACUAGCACACCUAUCACAUCGUUAUGGUUGUUAAGUCUUUCAGUAAACUCUCAUUAACUGGAUGAGUCUGUAGGUUAAUAUCUUGGCUAAAGAUUGAGCUGAUCACCUUGGUCAGCCAAAUUGUGAUGAAAUGCAAUGUGAUUGUAGGCACCUGCCACAUUUUUUAAAACAAAUAAACCCCUCUUUGUGAAGGUU